CACUCAAAUUUCCUAAUAUCGACAACAACAAUGUCAGGUGCCGAAGGUGACUACCCUGAGCAGCGCCACGCCGGUGCGGUGGGUUACGGCCCAGAGUACCACAAAGGAGCAACUCUUGGCGACAAGAUGAGCGGAUUGACCGAAGAGGUGAAAGGCAAGGUGACCCGGAAGCCAGAUGUCGUUGAGCAUGGACGCGAGAUGCGCACCGGGCAACUGAAGCAGAAGUCUCUAGAGGACGAUGAGGAUCCUUUUAAGAAGCCCGGCGCCGAGCCGUCAGCGGGGGCUGGGUCCACGCCCGCGGACGACCACGCACGAGAGCAAGCGUCGACGAUUGCGCCCGAGGGCACGCAUACCGCGGAGAGGCAGCGAACCGGGAAUGACGAGAGCAUGAAGAUGAUGAACCAGUGAAUUGGACCGUCAAGCCUCCAGACAUCUUGGUCAUCUUGGAUGUUCGUUCCGUGGAUCACAACUUGGCAACAUUGUAUCAUUAUAUUCUUACAUUGUAAUAAUCGAUCGGAUCAUUGAUGUACUUCGUGCAAUGCUUGGAAUUCGUUGCAGAUGUACCCUUCCUGCAUGAGACCACAUA